GAACUGGAAUAGGCGUGCUCGGCCCCACCUCCUCASCCCCCAGCUGUUAAAGCUCGCAGCAAGGGCGAGCGGAGCUGCUGCUGGGCUGGGGCUGCAGGAGCGCAGGUGUCCCCUCUUUGGACGGAGCCUCCCUGCUGCCUUCGCCAGGCACCACACAGCUUCAGAGAGGUUGUUCAAAAAGGCGAGAGGAUGACAACGUCGGCUCCCCACGGCUGCGGCAGCAUCGAUGCUGACUACUACCGGCUCUGUGACACAGAGGCAGCCUGGGGGAUCGUCCUGGAGUCGCUGGCUGCAGCAGGCAUCCUCAUCACCAUUUUCCUCAUCUGCUCGCUCUUCUUCCUCAUCUGCAAAGUCCAAGACAACAGCAAGCGGCACAUGAUCUCCGUCUAUUUUUUCUUUCUUUUAGGCACACUCGGCGUUUUUGGUCUCACUUUUGCCUUCAUCAUUAAACUCAAUGACAGGACUCGUCCCACUCGCUUCUUCCUAUUUGGAGUCAUCUUUGCUCUCUGCUUCUCAUGCCUCCUCACCCAUGCCUGCAACCUCACCAAACUAGUGAGAGGACGAAAACCCUUCUCCUGGCGGGUGCUGCUGCUCUUCAUUGUUUCCUUUGCCCUGGUACAAGUUGUGAUCAGCAUUGAGUAUUUAGUCACCAUGUUAGUAAACCAGAGAGAAGAAUUUCUGAAUAUGUCUCGGGAGAAUACCAACAAGGACUUUGUCAUGCUUUUGAUCUACGUGCUCUUCUUGAUGGCUCUGACCUUCCUGGUUUCCAUGUUCACAUUCUGUGGGUCAUACAAAAGCUGGAAGAGGCAUGGGGCGCACAUCUUUGUCACCAUCCUGUUCUCCAUUGCCAUUUGGGUAGUGUGGAUCACUAUGCUCAUGAGAGGCAACACAGCUUUAAAGAAAGAAAUUUGGGAUGAUCCUGUUGUGGCCAUUGCUCUGGUGUCCAAUGGCUGGAUUUUYCUGAUCAUGUAUAUUGUCCCCGAAAUUUGUUUCCUCACUGCUCCUCUGAAGCUGGAGGACUACCCUCCAGAAAAUGAAUUCUGCCAACCCAAGUUCAUAAAGCAGGCAAGUGGAGUGGAAAACCGUGCCUACACCCAAGAUGAGAUCGUGCAAGGAGACCUCAACUACUCUCCCUACGCCUCUCAGUUUCAGAUGAAGGCCAUUGAACCCCAGAAUGAUUUCUCCAUCCCUCGCCCCAAGGCCCGGACAAGCCCAUACCACGACUACACGGGUGGGAAAAGCCCCAUGUAGCAGCUUCACAGUGAGCAGAGAGACUGAGUGCCCCUCAGCAGAGGCACGGGGAAUGGGCCACAUGGUGACAAGUGAGAUGAUCCUGCAGAAGAAAGUCAACCCACACCAGCAAAAGAGGAGGGGGAUUCUCUUUCCCCACACAGGCACCCUUGUAGCUCCCUCUUACUCAUCAAACUUAGCUGUCAGAMACAGCCCUGGCCACCCUGUCCCUGSUCUCUCUGUGUCUCCAUGGAAUGGAGCUUCUCUCUGCUAACAGAGGAGCAUCCUGGCCUGUUUUCAGCUGGAAUGCUAGAGAAGCAGGAAGAUCAUCAGCCAGGUCUGCAACUGGCUCUGCCCCAGACAGGACCUGCUUUAAUCAGAAGGGGGUGCCUGCCCACCUCGUCYGAUGGGAGAAGAGGAAGGACCAGGAGCAUCAGUCCUACACAUUCCUUCCUCCUGCCCACCAAUGAAGACACCUCAGGUACUACUGAGGACAUCUUUAUCUGUCCACUGUUACUUUAGUGCCCACUCCCAGCCCUGCCUGGCUGUUCUCCAGAGAUCAGUGGAGAAGAGACAGAGAAACAGAAAAGCGUAUUCAUUUUCUCAUCUUCAUAUUUGCUUCCAAUACAUCCCUUAUCAUCUAGGAACCAUGCUGGAGAUGGGCAAGAAAACUUAAAGACAUAAAACCAGCGACACCAAUUUACUGACACAUUUUCCAAUUCAUGUUGUAACAGCCUCCUUCCCAGCUCUGACUCCUGCCCAUGUGCCCCAGCUGAGCUCCCCGAGGUGCCUGCCCAACCCCACAAACCCUCCCUCCCCACCCCUGCCACUCCAGGCUGUGCAUCCCCAAAGACAAAGCCUCUUCCAUGUGGCUCCUUGCAAUUCUCUGGUGGGAUAUAAUCCUGUGAACCUUGGAUGUCGACCUCUUGCUGAGUGUGUCUGUGACAUUACAACAAAURUUUCCUGAGCAGCCAGGUUACAGAGGGUGGUCAGCCUUCUUCCCAGGYGUGAGUGAGCAAAAGCACGUGUGUGAUGUGUGUGUGUGUGUGGUGUGUGGACUGCACCCUGGUGAUGAGCAAUGAGUCUGCAGAGUUGAAUCAUUCUGUGUAACCUGCUUUGCAUUGAUAAACAGCUUUCCAUGGAAUAUAUAUAUAACUACAGCGAGCUCUCCGAGUGGGUGUGUAUGGUACACUGGUGUCUGACAUAGCUGUAUAUUUAUUUAGGACUUUGUAUAUUGACUGUUUCAUUAAUAAAACUCCAAACAGCCUGACUAUGAGAAACUAGUGUUCUUCCUUGGAAAUGUGAUUCCUGCAAURGCUGGUGGGGUGACAGCAGUAGCUCUCCAAGGGUUGGAGUGGGCCCCCUGGGAGGUUGUGCUUGGGGGAAAACAGCAAAGAGAUGCUGGCUGCUUUGAAGCUGUCACUGUGACCUAAAGAUCAGCUGCUUGAGGGUGCAGAAGAAGGGUUAGUAGCUUCUCCAUSCUACUUUUCUUGAAUGAAGUUGAUUCAAUGUUGGGAGUGCUUAAGAAAUGAUGAAAUAUAAGUCAAAGCCACAGCAAACAAAUGCCAGAGGAAAUAUGUGAACUUUUCAUCACUAUAUAUGUCUGUUUCUGCUGUGUCAAUACUCCUGUAUUUAAUUGCUUGUCUCUUGCUGGGUACUUGCAUAAUCAAGAAUAGGAAAGGAGUUUGUAGGUAUGUAAUUCAGUUUGUAAAAGGAUGUUUUUCUGGUGUUCUGGAUACAUGUAAUAUUUUUA